AUGUACGCUUCGCGACCAGUUAUCGAGGGAACCAACUUGGACGUGAACUUGCGACAAGCCGUGAACCACUUCGAGUUCAACGACACACUUGUCUCGAAGAAGGGCCUUUGGCAAAGCCUUCGCGGCUACUGUGCCUCCGAGGGCCAAUCCGUUACCGGGAUCGUUCCGCAGACCUUCUACCUUUCGGGCGGUGCCGUGCGGUCUUCGAAAGCCCCCGGCGAUCCUCCCGGCAGAGACCCCGACCUCGGUAGCGCGAGCGGCGUACAAGACGAUGUCGGCGACGACCGCGCGGAGUUUCUUGCCGCCUGUGCAGCAACGGGGGACCCAUCCGGAGCUUCUUCUUCGACGACAAUCCCAGCGCAAGAGCCUCCUCCUCCAUCGUUGGCACAGACCUCUCCUUCACAGCAAAGAACGGCAGAGACGUCAUCAGUCAUGCAGGCAAUGCCAAUUUCGACAGUGCCACCGGACACGGCGGUCGAAGACGUAGUGCUCACCGGCGGCGGCUGCGCCUCUCCCCCGAUAGGCAGGGUUGCGCGAUCGGUGCCGGGUUGUAAAACGAACAUGGUCGCUACCGUGGCGGGAGAAAAGGUGCCGAAAGUAGCAGUGACGUCCGAAACGGAUUUCUCCGGUCAUGAUCCCGCCGAAUCGUGCCCGCCGCACACGGUAGUGCGAUCGGCGUCGCCCGCUCCGCCUCCCCUGUCGCCAAGACCUUUCGCGCAAACCCCGAAGGACAAAGUUUCUCUGGAAAAACGUCCAGAGGACGAGGAAUGUCCAGAGAACGUGUCAAGCUCACCGUUGCCAUCCGAUGACGUUACCGCACAAGAUAACUGCGUCGACCCCGUCAGCAAUUGCUCGGAGUCUCUCGGUGCCGCUGCGGAAUCGAGCACGGUCAGAUCGGGGAAUGGGAGAAACAGUCCAAUCCCUCGGGUUGGCACAGCGACAGCAACGAAGAUGGAUGAAGUAGAAGGGAAUGAGGGACGUUCCGUGAACUCAUUGGCGAGAAAUGGAGGUGGAGGAAGAGGAGGAGGAGAAAGAGCAGGUUCCACAAACGGGUCAGAAGAUCAAACUCCAAAGGGUAGCACUAGAGGCGGCAUUCCGAUUGUGAAGGACACCCACGACACCGAUAGCAUCGAUCUUACCGUGGGUGAUUCGAGCACCGGCAACGGCAUCAAGUCAGACGGAGCAGGGAAGAACAGACACAGGGGCAGCAGCGAUGUGGAUCCAGAGACGUCGGCCGGGAGCAUGCCGACGUGGGUGGUCAAGCCGGCCGCGAACUCAAACUGUGGCUUUGGGAUACAAGUUUGUUGUUCCCGUGAGCUUCUUCCGUCCAACAUCAGCGAAAGCGUUACUGCUGCCAGUUCCGCCAACCGUUGCCCACUUGGCCUCCCCCGCCCGCCUGAUUUUCUUGCGUCCCAGGACGUCUUGGGCAUCGUAGACGCCACGGACAACAAAGCUGGGCGUAGUGGGUGGGUCGUGCAGCGAUACAUCGAACGACCGCUGUUGGUCCGAGGCCGAAAGUUCGACAUCCGUCUCUUCGUCCUGGUCGUUGCCGACCCGUCCACGCGGGCCUGGCGAAGACGAUCGAAGCCAUUUCGGCAACAACAAACACCCAGAGGCCAUGCUAGCAAAGGUACGGCUAGGACAUCUUCGGGUACGAAGAGCCCGCUGUCGGGGAAGGUUGGAAGUGUUGAGAAGCAAGGAGAGCCGAAGGCGGCACCUGCCAAUGGCAGCAGCGUCUUCGGCGGUGGCGGCGUGUCAUCACCUCCGCCUCCCUGUCCGUUGAGGGCGUGGUGUCACCAAGAUGCCUACGUACGAACCAGCUCGGUGAGGUACACCAAUCACCCGAGCAAGGUGAAAGACCGGUUUGUCCACCUGACGAACAACGCUGUUCAGCGUCAGAGCCCUAGCUAUGGCCAAGACGAGCCCGGAAACAAGCUCACCUUAGCUGACCUACAGGAUUGGCUCGACGGAGAUGGGUCGACUCACAAGGGGAAGGCUUUCGGGUGGGUUGAGCAAACUCUCCGGCCACGGAUGCACUCGAUGGUAGCGACUUCCGUCGCCGCGGCUUCACAGGCGGGGAUAAACAGGCGAGGCCGUCCGUACGCAUUCGAACUCCUCGGUUACGACUUCAUGGUUGACGAUGAUCUUCGAGUCUACCUCAUUGAGAAAGAAGCAGGUGUGAAUAUCAUUCGGGAGCCACGUGUCUGGUCUCUCGCGUAUCUACCCAUUGUAGGCGCCCUCCAAACACUAAUACGGCCAAUUUCGACGCAGGUAAAUUCCAACCCGUGCCUGGAGUUCGUGUGCCCCUUGCUUCAAGGUAUGAUCGUCCGGGUUAUCGAUGACACCCUCAGCAUCGCCCUCGACUCCGUGUUUCGUCCCCCGGAAAAGCACCGAACGGCUGCAGCGGCAGGUCUUGGGGGAAACGCAGAGGCGGCGGGCGCUGGGUAUUCACUAGUGUAUCCCGCGGUGCAAUAA